UAUUCCUCCACAACUCCAACAGAUCUAUUUUUUAGGAAGCCCCUUCCAUGGAACCCCAACCUUAAGAAGGCUUGGUUCGGAAACAGAAUAUCUUUUCUGCAGAUCCGGGGAAAAAGAUUUCGGACGCUUUAUAAAUAAGUGUUUUCUCUGACGAGGAAUUCACUCUUUUGGAGAGCAAGUUAAGAUUAUUAAGAUUGAUGUGGCAAUGCAUCCUCCACUCACAUUGCACAAGCACCCAAUGUGUGCAGAAAUUAUAGAACUUUUCCAGCAAUGCCAUGUUGACCAUCCCAUUGGAAAAUUUUGGGGUGAAUGCACUGAAUUGAAGAUUAAACUUGACCGUUGUUUCCGUGAAGAAAAAGCAAUUAAAAGGAAGGCCAAUUUUGAAGAAAGCAAGAGAAUGAAAGAAAGAGUACGUGCACAUAGAGCUGAAAUGAAUGCUGCUAUUUCAGAACCACUUUCACCUUCACAAGCUGCAGAAUAAUUGCAGCAUACAAGAGAUUUGAAAAUGAAAAAUGGCAAUUCAUUGCACAAUUAUGCAUUGUUGUACUCGUAGAAGAUAUCUGUCUAGGGAAGUUUUUGGCAAUCCGAAAGACAACAUUUCUAAUUUCUGGGUAAAACUUGGAAAAAUAUUGGGAACCCAAAAAUUGUAGAAAAAUAAAAUAAAAGGGAAAUAAUUGAUAUUUUUUAUAUUUCAA